CUGGAAAAUUACUCCGAUGCGCCGAUGACCCCGAAACAGAUUCUGCAGGUCAUAGAGGCUGAAGGACUAAAGGAAAUGAGCGGCACUUCUCCCCUCGCCUGCCUCAACGCCAUGCUCCACUCCAAUUCCAGGGGAGGCGACGGACUCUUUUACAAGCUGCCUGGACGCAUCAGCCUUUUCACGCUCAAGAAGGAUGCCUUGCAGUGGUCUCGGAAUCUGUCUGUGCCGGAAGGGGAGGAGCUGGAGGAUACGGCGGACGCAGAAAGUUGCGAGUCCAAUGAAGCGAGCACUGUGAGUGGUGAUAACGAUGUGUCUCUUGACGAAACCUCCUCUAACGCCUCGUGUUCCACCGAGUCGCAGAGCAAGGGACCCGCUGCUACCCGGGAGAGCCACCGAACUGCCUCCCAGACAACCAAACAGAAGAAAAAGGCCGGAGUCAUGCUGCCGCGCGUCGUCUUGACCCCCCUGAAAGUCAACGGGGCACACGUGGAGUCUGCGGCCGGCUUCGCAGGAAGGCACGCGGACGGGGAGAGCAGCAGCACAUCCAGCAGCAGCAGCAGCGGCUCUUUGGCCCUGUGCAAAGCCACCUUGCGUAGCAGAACGGAAAUAAACAGGGAUCCUCCGCAGCUUCUGAGAGGUAUCCGAAAGCCCACGCCUGGGCAGAUGAAACGAAACAGGGGUGAGGAUAUUGACUUUGAAACUCCUGGCUCCAUUCUCGUCAACACCAACCUGCGAGCUCUGAUAAACUCCAGGACCUUUAACGCGCUCCCCUCGCACUUCCAGCAGCAGCUGCUUUACCUCCUUCCAGAGGUUGACAGACAGGUCGGGGCCGACGGGCUGAUGCGGCUCAGUGGCAGCGCGCUGAAUAACGAGUUCUUCACCCACGCCGCGCAGAGCUGGAGAGAGCGCCUCGCUGAUGGUGAAUUCACCCAUGAGAUGCAAGUUCGGAUUCGGCAGGAGAUGGAAAAGGAAAAGCGAGUGGAGCAGUGGAAAGAGAAGUUCUUUGAGGACUACUACGGCCAAAAGUUGGGCUUGACCCAAGAAGAAUCUCAGGAGCAGAAUUCGGUGCAAGAAGACGCUGAGAACAGGACGGGCCUGCCUGUCAAAGGAGAAGCGAGGGUGCCGCGCAGCCCUUCCACACGGCAGAGAGACGGGCGCUUCAAGAAACGCUCCCGGGCCGACCUGCGGUGCCGGGCCCGGAGGAGCCUGUACAAGCUGCGAGACCCUGAGCACGCGGAGGCUCCCAAAGAGACCGCUGCUCUGGGGCCAGAUUCCUCGCUCCGUAAAGAGGCGAAGCCUGAGGCAGACCUGCAGAAAGACGAUCUGCCGAGCCCUUCGGCCGCGGUACUGAAGCCAGAGAGCUCCGAACGGCACCUCUCCCCGGAGACUUCCAAGUUACACAGUGAAUCGGAAGAUCUGCCGUCGGCAGCUGCAGACAGAAUUCCCAGUUUGCCCCAGGAGAACGCUGCUCGGGAGCCCAAGGACCAGAAGAGGAAAUGCUUUGAGGAGGCCGCCUCCGCGUCCUUCCCCGAAAAGAAGCCCCGGCUUGAAGAUCGUCAGUCCUUUCGUAACACAAUUGAAAGUGUUCACCCAGAAAAGCCACAGCCUACUAAAGAGGAGCCCAAAGUCCCACCCAUCCGGAUUCAACUUUCACGUAUUAAACCACCCUGGGUGGUUAAAGGUCAGCCCGCUUACCAGAUAUGCCCCAGGAUCGUCCCCAGCACGGAGCCC